AUGUUCAGUCAGGUUGGUACCGGGCAUCAUUCCAUGAGCAGCAGUGCAACAGAUGGUACCAUUACUCGAUCAUUUACAUUUAGUCGCCAGGUGUUGUGGAGGAACCAAAAAGUAUUCAUCGAUCGAAUAUAUCAGAUAUCCAACAAUUGUCACCCAGGAAUUGGACUGGAUCAGGCAGCUGCGGAACAUAUUCAGGAUAUUCUGAUAUGUUUAUUUUUCGAAUUGUUAGAAUGCCAUCCACAAACCAUCGAAGACAUGGAGCGAAGCAUGCGCAUUACUCUACCAGCAAGCAUGUUCCAUUGGGUUAUUCAGUUUCAAAAUACUCCUGAAGCACUUCAUAAAAUCUCAAGAAAGAAACUACAUGAUAAACGAAAUGCAAACUCGAAAAGUUUGCUAAAUCUUAUGCAUGCAUUGCAACCCAAAAUAAAAGAAUUAUUAGGUUACAAACUUGAUGAAGAAGUGAUGUUGUACUUACUUUCAGUGAUUGAAUAUAUUGCUGCAGAUAUUCUUAAAUGGACUGGAAAUUAUGUGAAGAAUAUACGAAAAUGUGAUCCGACUAUUGGUUUACAGAACUUAAAAAUCGCACUUUGUGCUGAUACUAGCUUGAUGGAGCUUACAGAAAUGUUAUAUAAUGAAGAUGAAACAUCUACAGUUGGGAUAUUGAAUGAUAAUGUCGAAGAUAUCGUCCAAGAAAUGUCUUAUGAAGAAGCAUCACGAGAUUUUAACCGAGAAGAAGCUCAGUAUCUUCGUGAUCUUAAUCUUAUAAUCCAUGUCUUCCGACGCAGAUUUGAGACUGUUUUUGAUGAUUCUGAUGAGUGUUAUCUUGACGAAAUUUUUGGCAACAUUUUGGAAUUGCAUGAGUUAACGAUUAAAAUUCAGCGAAUGCUAGAAGAUGCAAUAGAAAUGUCGGAUACUCCUUGCGUGGGUGCUGGUUUGUGGGAACUUGCCGAAGCUCAUGAAUUUGAUGUUUACAUUGCUUAUAUGGAUUUAUUCAAGGGCUCACUUGUAACCGUAAUCGAUAAAGUGUUGAAUGAUGCAAAGUAUGAGCACUUCUUCAUGCUCGAAGACCGAGCUCACAGCAUAACACCAGGAGGCGAAACAUUUCGACUUGCUGUGAAAUACGUUUUGCCUUCACUUCUUGAGAUUCCAGUUGUUCAUUUUUUCCGUUAUGUAGAACUUAUUAAUAUACUGUGUCACUUGGCUCAACCGGCCGAUGAAGUCGAAGAUUUGAAAAGCACAAAAAGUUAUUUUAGUGGUCUCGUUGUGAAAGUAGAGUCAUUAUGUCCUUCAUUUCUUAUCAAUCGUCUGAAAACGGAACAAAGUAUACGUGCACUACCUGAAUCAAGUUGUUCUCGUCAACGAAGGAGAAUUCAAGAGAUUCAGCGCAGUAUAGAGUUAUGGGAAGGCAAGGAAAUUGGUUACAAAUGUGCAGAAGUGAUUCGUGAAGGAGAUUUGCUACUUCUACGAUCUGGUCCACUGUAUCCUGCAGAUACUUUGAAGAAGAGCAGAGGAACAACAAUGCGUCAUACAUUCCUUUUCGAUCAUCUCUUAGUGCUUUGUAAAACAUUACGUUCCUCAAAACCUGAAAAACCGCUUUACAAGUUUAAGGAUAAAGUACUUAUACGUAAAACGGAUAUUUUCGAUCUGAAAGAUACUGAAGAACUGCAAAAUGCUUUCAAAAUCGUAUCACGAUUAAUAAACCAUGAACGAGGAGACAACACAUCUUGGACUUUAUUUUGUCGAACGCCUGAAGAAAAAACAAGUUGGAUGUGUGAUUUGGUUAAGAUUCAGGCCAAGAGUUCCUUAGAUCGUAUGUUAGAUGCAUCACUAAAAGAAGAAGAGAAACGUGUUCCAUUAAUUUUGCCAUCAUCUGACCAGUAUAGGUUUGCUGAUCAAGACUGUGAUGAUAAUAUUGUAUUUGAAGAUUAUACAUCUAGUAGCGGGAUUCCAGUAGUCAAACACGGAACUGUUCUUAAGCUAGUUGAACGUCUGACUUACCAUUUGCAAUUACUUAUUGAGCGUUUCCAAGUACCCACUCCACUGAAACUGCGAGUAGCUGAAGCGAGUAAUUUGUCUGACAUGGAGUCAUGUGACUUUCUGAAUGCUUCUUGCCGCACAUCGCGAGCACCAAACUUGAGGACGCAAAUUUCUCCAACAUUUUUGAAUAGAGUAGAACGGAGUUAUCAACGGUUCCGCAAAGAAUAUCAACAGCCGAUACAGUGCAGAGUGCUGAGUGUGAUUCGACAAUGGGUCAACAAUCACUGGUAUGAUUUCGAGAAUAACUCAGUUUUACUAGGAGAUUUGUGUGCCUUUUUGGAAGAAACUGAUUGCCAUGGUAAAGUCAUCAAUCAGUACAAAAAGUGGUGUAAAAGUAUUAAGACUUGUAUUGAGAGAAAGAAGCGAUCUGACACAUUACUGUCGACUGUACAGAGCGAACCAUCUUCUCCUCUGCCAAUUUCUUCUUAUGGCCCGCAAAAACCAAAACUUCUAUGGCAUACUGCUGAAAAAGGAGCUGUAGAAACGUAUGAUCUUCUCUCAUUGCAUCCUAUUGAAAUUGGUCGGCAAAUUACUUUGUUGCAAUUUGAUCUUUAUAAAGCUAUAAAACCUAUUGAAUUAGUUGGUUCAGCUUGGACAAAGCGAGAUAAAGAUCUUAGAAGUCCGCAAUUACUGAAGUUAAUCGAUCACAGCACCAUGCUAACGUAUUGGGUUGCUCGGUCAAUCGUGGAAACUAUUUCACUGGAAGAACGAGUGUAUAUGUUUUCUCGAGUACUGGAAAUAAUGUGUGUUUUCGAAGAACUCAAUAAUUUCACUGGACUAGUCGCUUUGUAUUCUGCAUUAAACAGCAGUUCCGUGUAUAGACUUAAAACUUGUUGGGAGAAAAUUGAUCGUGAAAAGCAAAUAUGGUAUGAAAAAUUCAAGAAUCUUUGUAAUCCACAUUGGAAAGAAAUGAUCGAACGACUGAAAAGUAUCAAUCCGCCGUGUGUUCCUUUUUUUGGCCAUUAUCUUUCAAAAAUAUUUUUUUAUGAAGAAGGAAACAGUACAUUUGUACAAAGCGAAGAAGAUCUUGCCCAUGAACAGAUCACUGCUGAAGGUAAUACAUCAAUUGUUGGUACAACGAGUCGUAAAGUAAUGGUUUCAUUUGUAAAAUGUCGUCGAAUAGCUGCAAUUAUCAGUGAUAUACAGAUGUAUCAGAAUGAACCAUAUGUAUUUGAAGUGGAGCCAAGUAUGAGAGUAAGUGAAUUUAUAUAA